AUGCUUAGGAAAUUUUCAGUGGUGAUAGGAUUGACCGUGUUCUUGUUGACGCUUUGCGGUCUGUCCCAUGCUGACCGCCUUUACACCAAAGGUGAUGCGGUAUCUGUUUAUGCGGAUGCGGUUUUUCAGCCCAACGAGCUAUUUGAGAGAUAUGAUUUCUAUAGUCUACCGUUUUGCAGGCCGGCUGAAGUUAAAUUAGAGGCGCAAAAGCUCUGGGAUAUUCUUUACGGGAGUGCUAAAAGGACAUCCAGUUAUCAGCUUUUCUUUGCGACCAAUUCAACCGGAGUGAAAUUAUGUAGAAAGAGCCUUAACAAAGAUAAAAAAGACGAUUUUGUUGAUGCGGUCAGGCGAAACUACAUGUUCUCAAUGCAUGUGGAUGAUUUUGAACUUACUCACAAUAUCGGUUGGGGAGGUGAGAAAGAUGGUGCUGUAUUGAUAACAGGGCUUUUGUUCAAGAUAUUUUUCAAUGCCGACCGUAUUGUAAAAGCGCAUGUAGAGAGUUUAGAAACUCAGAGAGUUGUAUUGUCAGCUGAGCCACAAGAAAUUGAUUUCACUUACAGUGUUUUGUGGUUUGAGACAAAUCAUAAUCGAGGCAGUUUGAAUUUGGGUGCAAUCGAUCUUGAUGAAGAAGUAGUAAGAAUACAAUGGAUUUCCAUAGUGAACUCUUUUGUUAUUGUGAUUCUUCUCUCAGGAUUUGUUCUUUUCAUUCUUGCGAGAACUCUGAGACGUGAUUUUCAGCGAUAUGGCUCUUUGGAGGAAGAAAUGGACGAAGAAGACAUUGGAUGGAAACGACUUCAUGCAGAUGUGUUUCGCUUUCCGCGAAACAAAAUGCUAUUAUGUGCCGUAUCAGGUUGUGGGGCACAACUUCUUCUUGUGGCAUUUGUGACUUUGAUGAUAGCUUGGAAAAACGUUUUGAAUGGAAAAGAGGGUGCAAUGAUUAAUACUGUGAUGCCCCUAUUCCUCCUGACAGCGCCUGUUUCCGGAUAUGUAAGUGGAUCCCUUUACAAAAAGUUGGAAGGUGAACAUUGGUCAAGGAGCGUAUGUCUUACAUUUUUGAUGCUGUUCGCGCCAUUUUUUGUUGUUUGCGUCACAGUUAAUGUAGUGGCUUCAAUAUCUGUUUCCGCUUACGCGGUCCCCUGGGGUAGGUUUUGUUUUUUUUGUGUGUUUUUUGUGAGUGCAACGUUUCCUCUAAUUUUGCUUGGUGCAGUCCUUGGGAAACGUUUUUGUGGUCCCUUUGCUGCACCUACGAGGACAAAGUUUGUGCCCCGAGAAAUACCACCUUUACCAUGGUAUCGACGGACUUUGCUACACGUAGUUAUCGGAGGAUUACUUCCGUUUAUGGCGAUAUACAUCGAGCUUCACUACAUUUUGGUGGGUUUAUGGACCACAAGACUUCAUACACCAGUGGCCUUCAUAUUGAUCAUGUUUCUGGUCUUGGUUGUGGUAACGGCAAGUGAAGGUAUUGCGCUAACUUAUGAUAGACUCGGUGCUGAAAAUCACAAUUGGUGGUGGCCAUCUGUACUCUGUGGCGGAUCAACCGCUGUAUACGUAUUUGUAUACUGCGCUGUGUUUUACUUUGGAAUGACGCCACAGAUCUUCAGUGGCCUCUCUCUCGUGAUUUUCUUUGGAUAUACUCUCUUUAUCUGUCACUGUCUUUUUCUUUCCAUGGCCACAGUAAGCUUUUGUUCUUCACUUCUCUUUGUGAAGCAAAUAUAUCGCUACAUAAAAAGUGAUUAA